GCACUCCUCUGCGGUAUCGUCCAAGAAUGGCCGCCGCUGCAGCAGGAAUAAACAAGCAGGGCGCCGUGGCGACGAUGGAGCCCUGUCUCCGACAUGGAAGGGGGGCUACUGGGAACACCGUGAAGGUGCUGGAGUGUGGAGUCUGUGAGGACGUCUUCUCUCUCCAAGGCGACAAGGUCCCUCGUCUUCUGCUCUGCGGUCACACCGUGUGCCAUGAUUGUCUCACCCGGCUGCCCCUCCAUGGCAGAGCCGUCCGCUGCCCCUUCGACAGACAGGUCACUGAACUGGGAGACUCUGGCGUUUGGGGUCUAAAGAAGAACUUUGCCCUGCUUGAGCUGCUGGAGCGACUGCAGAAUGGAGCCACCAACCAGUCAGGAAUGGCCGACGAUGCUCUGAAAGGGAUGGGAGAAUGUAUAAUCCGGUGUGACGAGGACGAGAGCCACACGGCCUCCAUGUACUGCACCGUGUGCGCCACCCACCUGUGCGCAGAGUGCUCCCAGCUCACCCACUCCACCCGCACGCUGGCCAAACACCGCCGGGUGCCGCUGGCCGACAAGCCCCAUGAGAAGAUGCUCUGCCCGCAGCACCAGGUCCACGCCAUCGAGUUCGUCUGUCUGGAGGAGCCGUGCCAGUCUGGGCCGCUCAUGUGCUGCGUGUGCAAGGAGUACGGCAAGCACCAGGGACAUAAGCACGCUCUCCUUGAGACUGAAGCCAACCAGAUCCGUGCGUCCAUCCUGGACAUGGCCCACUGCAUCCGCACCUUCACAGACGAGGUGUCCGAGUACUCCAGGAAGCUGGUGGGCAUCGUGCAGCAAAUCGAGGGCGGCGAGCAGAUCGUGGAGGAUGGCGUGGGCAUGGCACACACGGAGCACGUCCCGGGCACAGCUGAGAGUGCACGGUCCUGUGUCCGGGCUUACUUUGCAGACCUCCACGAGACGCUGUGUCGGCAGGAGGAGAUGGCGCUGAGCGUGGUGGACGCUCACGUCCGGGAGAGGCUGAUCUGGCUGCGGCAGCAGCAGGAGGACAUGACCAUCCUGCUGUCCCAGGUCUCCACCGCCUGCCUGCACUGCGAGAAAACUCUUCAGCAGGAUGACUGCAGAGUUGUGCUGGCAAAGCAGGAGAUCAACUGUCUGCUGGAGACUCUCCAGAAGCAGCAGCACCAGUUCACGGAGCUGGCAGAUCACAUCCAGCUGGAUGCCGGCAUCCCCGUCACCUUCACUAAGGACAACCGAGUCCACAUCGGUCCAAAGAUGGAGAUCCGCGUUGUGACUCUCGGGCUGGACGGAGCUGGAAAAACCACCAUCCUCUUCAAGCUGAAGCAGGAUGAGUUCAUGCAGCCCAUCCCAACCAUCGGUUUCAAUGUGGAGACGGUUGAAUAUAAGAACUUGAAAUUCACCAUCUGGGAUGUCGGUGGGAAGCAUAAACUCAGACCGCUCUGGAAACACUAUUAUCUCAACACUCAGGCGGUGGUGUUUGUGAUUGACAGCUGCCACAGAGACCGGCUGAUGGAGGCCCACAGCGAGCUGGCCAAACUACUGACGGAGAAGGAGCUGAGAGACGCCCUGCUGCUCAUCUUUGCCAACAAGCAGGACGUUCCCGGCGCCGUGUCCGUGGAGGAGAUGACGGAGCUGCUGAGCCUCCACAAGCUGUGCUGCGGGAGGAGCUGGCACAUCCAGGGCUGCGACGCUCGCAGUGGAAUGGGCCUCCACGAGGGGCUGGACUGGCUCUCCAGGCAGCUGGUGGCUGCCGGGGUCCUGGAUGUCGCCUAAAGGCGCCAACCCAGAUCCCAGUCUGAGUCCGGCUCAUCAGGUCUCCAAAAACUUCCAGGGUUCAGCUGAAAGCCGGACCCUCAUCUUUCCUUCUUUAGGCUCCAUCGUGGCAAAGAGAAGAAAGAUGUAAAAACUGCCUCUGGUUCCGUUACACCUGAUCUGGACCCUCCUAACCUCAGACCAGAACCUGAACACUGCAGACCCCCCACAGGUCUAACAUGUUGCUGUUUUCUUUGCUUCUAACCCUUUUCUCCGUGUUUAUCUGGCCCUCCUGUAGCCGACUCUCCGGGUCUGCGCCCCGACUGUGUGGACUGUAUUUACUCAUCAUAGCCUCCAUAUGUGAAGUAAACUCCAUGGUGUAAUUAUCCCAUCAUCUCUUUAGCUUUAGCCUGUAAGCAUCGGAUAAUCCUGAGAAAGGUUGGGACAGAAAGCUGUGGUUACCACCAAACCUUCAGAUUUUGCCUUCUUUUCCAGCGGAAGCAGUAGCAGCUGACGUCUGAUUGGCUGUCCAGGUUUUGUGUGCAGUUUUUCUUUAUUUGGCGUGUGAAGGUAUUUAAAGACGCGGCUGGGCUGGAGCUGUGGUCUGAAGUGUUUUCUGUUACAAACCGUUUACUGAGCUUAUUUAUCAGCAGGAAUGUGGACGUUUCCGGCUCGCAGCAUCUGCAUCACCUUUCAUGUGGAAACAAAUGAAGCAUCUGCUGUUCCUAAAAGCAUAUUAACCUCACUGCUAAGGAACAUUUCCAGUAUCUUAUCUAACUGGAGUGUUUAAAGCUGGCCGUUUGACGGGCCGUCAGAGAAAAUGUGAAGCGUGGAGGAACGUUAACCCCAACACUGACACUUGUCUUGUCAUUGAGGAAACAUUUCAGUGUGAUCUUUAUUCAUUGCUAUGUAAUGUUUAUUAUUGGUUUAUGUAUAAAAUGCACGUGUGAAAAGCCUUUCCACAGCGACACCUGGAAGCACAGAGCGAGUGGAAGCCUUUGUUACGUGUGGACUUGACGGCGCUUUUGUAAAUGACAUGAUGUGAUGCUGUAAAAUAAACGACUUGAUCUCA